GUAGUGAAGGGUAAUUUUUCAACUUUUUUAUGUGAGUCUAUAAUGAAAAGUUAAAAUAUAUCUUUCGUAAUUUCAUCGAUACCGGUCAAUGCUCUUAGAAGUUACAAGCAAUUAAAAUUUCACCUAAGAACAUAACUAGUUACGUUAGUAAAUGAAUUUUUAUAGCUUCUCAAAAAGCCUCAAGUCAUUUGGUCCAAUUUAAAAUGAAGUAUUCUGUUUUAAACGGUGAAAGAAUAAUUUUGUGACUCUCUCUCUAUGUACACGGUUCAGGAUACUUGGUGUACAUGCGCGUUUAAUUGAUACGCCAAAGGAGAAUAAAUAUCUACAAACGUGUAGUAAAUUUACUAACGUACGAUUGAUAGAUUGAACAAAUUUGUAUAAAGAGUUGACGUCACCCUGAUCGAAACGAUUUUCUUCGUAACCGAUGCAUAAAGUUACGUGCACACGAACAGGGUUCGUAUCGAAUGAGAUCGUAACGAAACGGAAAGAUCGAUACCGUUCGAAGAGGAUAAGAAUGUUUGAAAUAGGAUGAUAAGAAGGUAAAAACACGAUCGUAUAGAGAGGUAAUUGGUCGCGUUUGAUUCGAAUCUCGAGGAAGGCAAGGAAACGCUAUCUGAACACUUAUCGGCUACAACAAUUAUCGGAAUUUUGAUGAAACGAUUGGAAAUUGAUAUUAAGAUCAACUUAUUAUAAGCAGAUGACCGAUAUAAACGAGACUGAACGGUUCUAAUCAAUUCGCGACGACGAAACGAGUCCGACCAAUUGAACGGUUUAGCUAGCUCGCGACAUAAGCAAUCUUCGAGCUUGAUUUAAACAGAUUUUAAUUACCGCUCCUUUAGUCGGGAACCGAAUGUUCACAAGUGUAGUCUCGUUCGUUCAUAGUACUCCUUGUUGACGGCUUCGGGCAAAAUGGAUUCUUCUUUAAGCGUGCAACGCAUGUUAUACAACAUGAAAAGUUGGAAAGUUCAAAGUCUGUGCAAGGCGUUCAGUCGGAAAAAAGACGUGACACCGUCUCAGGACACGAAACUAGCCAGAUGUUUAUCCACCCUGGACCUGACGGCCCUUGGAAUCGGCUCGACGCUGGGCGUCGGUGUCUACGUUCUGGCGGGAUCGGUUUCCAAAAACACAGCUGGUCCCGCUGUGAUAGUCUCUUUCGCGAUCGCUGCGAUCGCAUCUAUGUUCGCAGGCUUAUGUUAUGCUGAAUUCGGUGCAAGAGUACCACGUGCUGGAUCGGCUUACGUAUACAGCUACGUAACAAUGGGGGAGUUUACUGCCUUUCUCAUCGGUUGGACUUUAAUCCUAGAGUAUGUAAUUGGCUCGGCUAGCGUGGUGCGGGGACUAAGCACUUACGUGGAUGCUUUAUUCAACAAUACUAUGAGAAACGCGUUUCAAUCCGCAGCGUAUAUAGACAUCAGCUAUUUCUCCUCUUAUCCAGACUUUUUCGCAUUUGGAGUAACUUUGAUCUUCUCUGCCGCGUUGGCGUUCGGAGCUAAGGAGUCUUCGUUGGCCAACAACUUUUUCACCCUAGUGAAUCUGUCGGUGGUGCUUUUUGUAAUAAUCGCCGGAUCCCUUCAAGCUGACGUAACGAAUUGGAAAACGAAGCCCACGUGUACGGAAGAGAAGUGCGAUUACGGAAGCGGAGGAUUCGCGCCAUAUGGUAUCGCGGGUAUCAUAACGGGAGCAGCUACGUGCUUUUACGGAUUCAUCGGUUUCGAUUGCGUCGCCACUACCGGCGAGGAAGCAAAAGAUCCACAAAGAUCAAUCCCCAUUGCGAUCGUCGCCUCGCUGACCGUAGUUUUUCUCGCGUAUUUUGGCGUAUCGACGGUCUUGACCACAGUUUUACCCUACUACGAACAGAAUCCGGAUGCCCCCUUUCCAUAUCUCUUCGAUAGAAUCGGAUGGAGCUGGGCAAAAUGGGUAGUUACGAUAGGUGCCAUUUGCGGUUUAUGCGCCAGCUUAUUAGGCGCAAUGUUCCCUUUACCACGAGUAAUUUACGCGAUGGCUUCCGAUGGAUUGAUAUUCGGGUGGAUGGGAAAAAUUAGCUCUCGAUUCCACACACCGAUCAUGGGCACCUUCUCCGCGGGAAUUCUUACGGGUGUACUGGCUGCGAUAUUUGAAUUGACUCAACUGGUAAACAUGAUGAGUAUCGGGACCUUGCUCGCCUAUUCGAUCGUUGCGGCUUGCGUACUUAUAUUGCGAUACGAGGAGAGCGAGGCGUACGAGAAGAAAGAGAAUCCUGAUCCAAGAACCUUGACGUUCAUCGCGAAGCAGUUAAUUAAUGCUAACAAAUUGAAACACUCCACGAAAUUAACAUCUCAAAUCGUUACGAUAUUAGUUACGUGUUAUGUCCUGUUAUGUAUCUGCAUCGGUUUUAUGGCUUCGAUGUACACCAACGAAAUCGCGAGCGGUAAAAAUACGAUCGUUGUACCUUUAGCACUUUUAAUAAUCCUUUUACUGGUUGUUCUUUCUUUCAUUUAUCUACAACCGACAUCUGGCAAAAAGCUUGCAUUUUCAGUUCCGCUGGUGCCAUUUUUACCUGCGCUCAGUAUUCUUAUUAAUAUUUAUCUUAUGAUGAUGUUGGAUAAAAUGACGUGGCUACGAUUUUCGAUAUGGAUGAUAAUCGGUCUUUGUAUAUACUUCUGUUACGGCGUUUGGCACAGUAAAAUGAGAAGGAUAAAAGUCACGAAUGUAAACGAUAACGGAUACGUUAAGGAAGAAGCAUGGUAAAAUGCC